GGUUAUAUAGAGAGCAAUGUCUUUACCAGGAAGGGAAUGCGAAGAAAUGUCUUGUUGAGCGACUCUUGCUGUUGAGACUGCCUUACAUUCAGCGUUUCUCACUGGUUUUACUUGGUGUAUACUAAUACACUGUCGAAGACACGAUUAAAAAUGGGCGGUUUAUGAAAUCAGCAACACGACGCUGAUACAAACGAGAUCUACUCGUAUACAAUGAGGCUGACCUUGCAGUUUUCUUGACGUGCUGCUCUUGCUGAAGUCCUUUUAAAGAAUGCAGCCUGCUUGCCAUCAUGGCAUCUCGGAGCUCCAGCUGAAGGUGGACUUUUUCCGUAAGCUGGGAUAUUCACCGCAGGAGGUACAAGCAGCCCUGCUGAAACUAGGCUUGGACACUGAUACGAAUGCCGUACUUGGAGAACUGGUGCGCUCCGGAGCCAGAGACUCACCGACAGCAAACCAGGAGAGUGAAGAUGGAAGCUCUGGAUUUAGCCACCGUGGAGGAGGUGGAUCCAGCAGUAAAGAUCUCUUCAGGGAUAUUCAGAGAUCCCCAGCAUUAGAAGAGUUUGACAGCAAUCUCAAACCCAUUGUGAUUGAUGGAAGCAAUGUGGCUAUGAGUCAUGGGAACAAGGAAGUUUUUUCAUGUCAUGGAAUUGAGCUGGCAGUUAACUACUUCCUUGAGAGAGGACACAGGAACAUUACUGUUUUUGUGCCCUCAUGGCGAAAAGAGCAACCCAGACCAGAUGUCCCAAUUUCAGAUCAGCACAUUCUUGCAGAGCUCGAAAAGAGAAAGAUAGUUGUAUUCACUCCAUCCAGGCGGGUAGGAGGAAAGCGAGUGGUCUGCUAUGAUGAUCGAUUCAUCGUUAAACUUGCUUAUGAACUGGAUGGCAUUAUUGUAUCUAACGACACAUACCGUGACCUUCAGAGUGAACGGCCUGAAUGGAAGCACUGCAUUGAGGAGGGGCUACUCAUGUACUCCUUUGUCAAUGACAAGUUUAUGCCACCAGAUGACCCUCUUGGUCGCCAUGGCCCAUACCUGGAUAAUUUCCUUAGAAAGAAACCUCUGCUACCAGACACCAAGCGCCAGCUUUGUCCUUAUGGAAAGAAAUGCACAUACGGAAUCAAAUGCAAGUUUUAUCACCCUGAACGUACAAGCCAGUCACAACGUUCUCUUGCAGAUGAACUAAGGGACAAUGCCCGUCUGUCCAGUUCUGUCCACUACUGUUCAGAAGAGAGACGAAGAUCAGGAGUUUCCCAGAGAGGGUCCAGCCACACAGAGUCUGGCUUCAGUUCAUACUUUCCCUCAUUAGAGCGAGAGCUGGAGUACAAGCUAACUUUGGAACCUUCUGUUCGUAUACCAAGAGACCAACUCACUGAAAGCCUGCACCACUACUGGGAUGAUGUCCCUACCAAGUACCCAGCCUGUAACACUCCUCUGGACUGGCAAAGUCUGUACAACCCAUACCUCACUAAUCCUUUAUCUAGCUCAGAUUCUGGCCUUGGCUCCUAUGAGAGUCAGUUUUCAGAUGCAUCUCGAGGACAUGAUGAUUCCUACAAGAUUAGUUCUAGGCAUAAUAAUAGGUUUUAUGAGCAGCCAGAUGUGCCUUUUGCUUGCACUUGCUCUUCUGAGCCAGUUGUCCAACCAAGCAUCCAUCAGUACCCUCUUUCCCAGCACCCUCACAACUGCUUUGAUUAUGGUGCACUCCAGUUCCGUAGGCCCUCUAGCAAUCAACCCUACAGCCUUCCUAAUUACGCACAGCCUAAUGGGCUUCAUCACAGCCAACCAAAAGCAUGUUCUGACACAGUGUGGCUCCCUCAGACUCGCACAGCUGUUAGUUUACCCAACCCUCUCCAUUCUGUUGGACCCCACAGAUCUAAUGAUGGUUAUGGGGGCAGCCAGGGAGGGGUCCAUCCAAGCACUGUCCCAUUUGAAGUAGAGCGAGAAGAGACAAGGAAGAAACUCCAUGCAAUUUUUAAUCCCUAUCAUGUGGAUAAGGUUAUGGGAAUGUUCCCAAAGCUGAAAGAUGCCCAAAAACUUGCAGCAGAGAUUCUCAAACUCAAGUCCAAAGGAGAGUUGUUCUAAUUCUUCUAUGCUAUAUAGUGAUAAAGACAUAGUUUCAUACGAGCAAAGGAUUUUUUUUCUCGUGAAAAAGUACACAGGUAAAUGAGUUCGAAUUUUAGAACAUGCAUUAUUAUUACUGCUAUAUUUCUUGACAAUGUUUGUAUUCUUUUGUUGUUUUGGCUUUGGCCAGAAUUAUGAUGAUAUCUGAAUGUCACAUCACAUAGUAAAUGUGAUGAAUUUGUAUGACAAGAAAGUCAAGUUAUAUCUACAGAGUGUCUAAACAAAUUUCCAUUCCAUGGAAAAAAUUUUAUUAUUUUUGUGUCUUUCCAAAAUUUGUUUAUAUUAAUUAUUAAUGGGAGAAGUUUGUGUAUUUAAAAUUUAAAUGGCAACCAUGUAUUGUAAAUAAAGUUACAUAUUGCAAAGAAUAAAAUUAAAUAAAUUCUACAUAUGGAGACUUUUGGGACACCAGUACAAAAGUUGUUCAUAUUUGAGUAAAGCAUGUAUAUCAUGCUGUAUUGAUAAAGAUUUGUGUAAUUAUUGUUAAAUGUCUGUCAUUGAUGCACAUUGCAUCUUUAUCAUAUUAUUAAUUUGGUAUGUUAAGAUGCAGUAUUGUGGCCUACACGUGUUUUAAUAUUGCUUGCUGUGUCUGGCACUUGUUCAGAUGACUUUUAAAAAUAUGAAAUUACAAUGACUGUAUUAAACCAGCCUUUUUUUCUUUCACAUUAAUAUUUCAGUUUGAUUACUAGUAGCUGGUGCUGCAUUGUUGUUUAACCAGUGUAAGAAAAAACUAUUUACUAAGGUAUCAUUUCACUGUUAGUUAUGAUACUUGUAUUAGUAAUUUUAGUUCUUUCAUUUUGCAUUGUGUAUUUGACAUUUUGCACUAUUACUUAUAUCAAAUGUAUACAGGAACACACUGGCAUUAGUUUGCAUAUUAUGGAUGUUUGUUCUUAUGUCAGUUCCACUGUACUAUUUUCUAAGCUGUCUGCUUUAUAGAAUUAUUACACUUCAUAAAAAAAUAAGAAAAUGA